UCCGGGUGCGAUGGCAUGAGAUGUAGCCUAGCAGGCUAACCGAGAGUAGCGUCAAAAUACUGAUACUAGAGCGGUAUUGAUAAACGUCAAGAGAAGCGAACAUGAAGGGGGUAAACGAUUCAUUUUUCCAGGAGUGUUUUUAAAGAGAAGUCGCUGUGAUCUACAUAGAUUGUUAUAGCUCAAAAUUUAAAUGUCAACAACGCGGCCCCUCCUCGGGAUGAAGCGAAUCACCGAGGUUACCUGCACAGAGCCGCCGGGAGGCAGGCAGUCCCCGACCGCCAGCAGAACGCAGCCCGAGUCGCUCACCGUUGACGAGUUUACAGUCCAUGAGGACAAACAAGCAGAGCUCAGAUGCACCAAACCCAAAGUCGAGCAGGUUUUUCAAGUGACAUUCACGAUCAUUGGGCUGCUGGAUCACACUGGAGCCCACGGAAGUAAAGCUUCCAGGCAGAUCUGGCUCCAGUUGAAGGGGGAAAAGGAGGAUGUGUUAAAAGCGAAGGAGUAUGUGAAAGGCCUGUGUGACCCAGAGCUUCAGAAGGAAGAGUGCUACCCGGUGGACAUGCAUUGCAUUUUUGCUGGUGCUCGUGGACUCUUUUUGGACCGGUUGCUUAGAGACACAAGUGCAGAGGUUCAAGUGGUGGAACCAGGCCGACUGAGGUUAAUUGGUUGUGCAGAGGGAGUCGUCAUGGCGCAAAGUCGUGUUCAACAGUUUGUCGUCCUCUUUCAGGAGAAAAGGAGCUUGCCUGCUGAUAGGGAACCCUUGAUUAAGCGCACCUUUAAGACCUUUGUUGAGGACAGGGCUGAUAAAUAUGCGAUGGAGCUGCUCUUGCUUCCCAGUGCCCUCAAAGAGGAACUUCUGGGUUUGGCUCAAAGUCCAACCCAGCUUAUGGCUAUCAUAGACCUAGAGCAGGAUCGGUCUCAGACCAGCACACCCGUAACGGACCUAUCCAACCGUAUCCUGGAUGCCACUUUUGAGGACAAGUCCUUUCCACCCACUCCUGAUAUCAUGACUGGUCUGAACGGUCGGCCCUGCUGCAAGCGGCGCUCAUCUGAAAGUGAGCAGAGAGACACUAAACGACAAUACUCACUGGAAAGGAGAGAAGAAGAGCAGUGGGAAGAACGACAACAAGAGCCCAGCCAGACUCAUGCGAUAACAGCCGCAAAGGGGAUGCAGGGUGCAGUGGGGCAGAACUCUAGAGAGGUGAUGAACGAGGGUGAGACGGUGAGUCCUGAAACUAACUUGCGAUGCCUAGUUAACUUCUUCAGAACCAUGGGCUACCAGCAGGAGGUGGUGGAGCGAGUGGUGCGGGAGACGGGCCAGAUGGAAGAUACAUUCUUGCUGCUAGAACAGAUUGUGGAGGAGACUCAGAAGACUCAGACCAUGCAGGAUUCCAAGCGGACCUCUCGUACACCCGACCCUUCCCCAUCUGCAAACACUUCCUCCACCUCCACCUGUACCAGGCUCAAAGAAAAGGAACGAGUGCAGAUGCGAGCUCUCACAGAGAUCAAAUGUAAAGAAAACAUUAGGCCUCCCAGCAGUAAUGGCUUAGGUCAGAAAAACCCAACAAGCCACGUGCCACUGGCUUCGGCGACUAUCAAAAGAAACAAUGGUGCACAGAAUGACAUGUGUGAAAUCAUCAUAAUUGAUGAUGAUGAUAACGACUUGGCAGAGGUGGAGAGAAAGCCCCGAAAUGCAGGGCUAGAUUUGAAGUCAGAGCCCAAGUUUGAUUACCUGCCACGUGGAAGCUCUCAAACGAUGGUUCCUGUGCGGAUGGAGAGUGUGACCAUUCUCCGCAGCUCCUCUCAAGGCCCUCCCCUCCGGAACACGGACACGCGACCAGGCUGCUCUUACCAGACUCUUCCUGGAAGGGCUCCUCCACCUCGCUCGGAAGCACUUAGCACCUCUAAACCAACACCCCUCACCGGUAUGUCUCGUUUCCAGCAGUCCCUGAGAACCCCCUACCGACUAGUCCUACAGAACGAACCGGGUUGCCCUGAUCUUCGACACAUCAUCAUCGAUGGCAGCAAUGUGGCAAUGGCGCAUGGACUUCAUCGCAUCUUUUCUUGUCGUGGGAUUGCCAUUGCUGUAGAGGCCUUUUGGCGCAGAGGUCACAGAGAAAUCACUGUGUUUGUACCUCAGUGGAGACAGAAGAGAGACCCCAACAUCACUGAACAAAACUUUCUGACCCAACUGGAGAACUUGCGACUCCUCUCUUUCACCCCAUCAAGAGAAGUGUGUGGACAGAGGAUUUCCUCCCAUGAUGACAGGUUCCUGCUUCAUCUGGCUGAGAAAACAGGAGGGGUCAUCGUCACCAAUGACAACCUGAGGGACUUUGUGAACCAGUCAGAAGCGUGGAGAAGGAUCAUUCAGGAGAGACUUUUGCAGUUCACCUUUGUUGAAGACCACUUUAUGAUCCCAGAUGACCCACUUGGAAAGCAUGGACCUCACUUAGAUGAGUUCUUGCUUAAGGAGAGACAAGGUAGCCCUAUCAUGCCGCCUUUGAGGACAGACCUUCAGGCAACUCCAUCAGUAUACACCCAGGCAAUGCAGUCAACGCCCCCCUCCCCUUUGCACUGGCCACAGUCCAGCCCUCCUGACUGGCACCACCCUCGGCCAUCCCCCUCUCCACCACCCCAGCGAUCGCCCUCAGAAACCACAGUGCUCAAGAGGAAGUUGUACGACAUCUUUCCUGACCAAAAGCAGCGCAUUGACCGAAUCCUCAGCGACAACCCAUAUAUGAGGGACCUGAAUGCGUUGUCAGGCCUUUUGCUGGGCUAAUGCACACUCACACACCCAGUACAGUUACACUCUUGGCUACAUCCUAGUCCUAGAUGUGAUUGCGACAAACAACAGUGUAAGUGCAUGGAGGUCACAUGACUUUUUUUUUUAUUAUUAAAGACUACCAUGUUUGAAAAGCGCUGCUACAAGCAUUUAUUUGUUUGAGGGAUUCUGUUCCAUCAACUAAUUUAGAUAUCUUGGGCCCUCGACAAUUACUGCAAGCACAAUAAACUUCAGUUAUGUUUUGUUUUCUGAGGAAACUUUAACUAUGCGAGAGUGGCAUAUAUUUUAUGUAAAUAUUUAUGAAGAAUAAUCUUCCUUUUCUGUAAUUUAUCUUUUCAAAAAUCAUUAUUUUAAAAGGUGUUCCAGCUACACAGUUGUUGAACUGGCUUUACUGAAAUUACUGCUGAAGGACAAAUGUUUAUUUGUUGUAUUUGAUAUGGUUUUGUUUUCUGUUUUUAACAUUUUGUGAAUAUCAACAUUAUUGAGUCAAACAAGUUCUAGUCUCCAGUCACUCUGAAGUGCACUACUGAAGUGCCCUGUCAUUUGCUUGCAUGAUAGAAUUGCCCCAGUAUGUCUAAAGUAACAUUACUUCCUUAUUCCAAAUUUUAGUUCCUGGCUGCAUUCCACUUCACUUUAACCCUCCUUAGCUGUUCAAAAAUGGUCCACACCUUGGCUGUUUGCGGUCAUUUUUGACCGGAUACAAUAAAGGUGUACCCCUUUUUUUUUUUUAAUGAAAUGUUAUAACACUAUCUUCCUUGAAGUAGUAACAAUAAAAUUAUGCACUUCUUUUGGGAUUUUAGGUUAUUUAGAUCUUAUUUACAUGUACAUUUUUCAAUUUCACAAUCAUUUGCAUAUGCAAAAAAGCAACUUCACUGCAGUAAAAAUGGUGGGUGGGUGAGUGGGGGUCUGUAUGUAUAUGGGACUGUGUGCGUGCAUUCUGCAUGUGAUUGUGUGUGUGCAUGCAUUCUGCAUGCGAGUGUGUGUGUGUGUGUGUGUGUGCGCGCGUGCGUGCGUGCGUGUGAAUCUUUUGCACUCUGGAUGUUUUAUAGUCUCACCCCUUCAUUUCUGUGUGUUUGUUCAGCAUUGUGCCUGAUAUAUAAAUUGUAUUCAACACAUAUAAAAAAGGUCUUUCCCAUUAAUUUCCUACGGUUGAUCAGUUUUGACCGCGAACAGCCAAGGUGUCAAUUUUUUUUAUGACCACUUAGAUUCAUUGAAUUAAUUUUUUUCAGAUUGCAUAUCUUUUUUUUUCCUUUUCUCCCCAAUUUGGCAUGCCCAAUUCCCAAUGCUCUCUAGGUCCUCGUGGUGGUGUAGUGACUCACCUCAAUCUGGGUGGCGGAGGACGAAUCUCAGUUGCCUCCGCACCUGAGACAGUCGCAUCUUAUCACGUGGCUUGUUGAGCGCGCUACCACGGAGACCUAGUGCAUGUGGAGGCUUCACGCUAUUCUCUGCAGCACCCACUCACAACUCACCAUGCGCCCCACAAGAGCGAGAACCACAUUAUAGCGAUCACAAGGAGGUUAACCCAACGUGACUACUACUUCAUUGCCAUGACUGUAAUGUCAACAAACCCUAAAAACGGCUUUGAAAAUGAUAAUUUAAACAGCUUUAAAAUAAACGGAAGAAUUAAUGUAAGUGCUUUUAUAAAAUCAGCUUCGCAUUUCUGCCUUUAAGACACCAUAAAUCGGCCCCAUUCACUUGGGUAAGUGCCUCACUGUAACUUUGAUCUUUUUAGAUUUUUUCAUUUUUGUGGCAAUCAAAAUUAUGCCACAAAUGCUGUCAAUUAAGUUUAACUUGUACUGAACCCAGAAUAUUCCUUUAAACCUUAUUGCAUGAGCGGUGGUGGGCUCCUAAGCGGGCUUACUCGUGCAGUGUAAGUAAUGAGUUAAUUCACUGAGGGAAGUGCAUACAAAUUUGAAAUGGAACGCAUGUUUACUUUUAUGAUGGUGAGAGACAAUGGUAAGCUAUUUUUAGGAAGCCCAGGAGACCCCCAAUGUGUCCCAGGAGGUUAUGAAUCAGUUCAGGUUAAAUGGCUUCAAAAGUUUCCAGAUUACUCAGCUACCUGCCACUACCUUUCCAUUUCCCUGUUGUGCAAUCCACCAUUCAAUAAAAUAGCCAACAUGAAACCAGAGCAGUGAGUUGAUGUGGACCUUUGUCCCAAUUGUGACCAUCAGAGGGCGCUGUGGGUUUAUUGGCUCUAAUGAACAGCAUUAUGAAAUGGAGAAAGUAUUACAGUGUACAGUUGAAAAAUGCCACGUCAUUUUAAAACUAUAAAAGCAUUUUAUUAUAUUGACACUACGGUGAAAAUAUAGUACAAUACUUUUAACUGUCAUUGUUGCCAUGUCAACUUUUCGCUGUCUCUGAUAUACAGGUGCAUCUCAAUAAAUUAGAAUGUCAUGGAAAAGUUCAUUUAUUUCAGUAAUUCAGCUCAAAUUGUGAAACUCGUGUAUUAAAUAAAUU